UGGUCACACUGGCUCCAAAUCAAUAAAAAAAUAGACAACAUUUUAGGAACGAAUUCAUUAUAAAGGACACAAUGCCAAAGAAAAUGGGAAUCAACUCGAAGGCGGUGGAAGCUCGUGAGCGCAAGGAGGCCACCAAGAAGGCCACGCAGGAGAAGAAGACCAAGGAGGCAGAGGAUCGCCUGUGGCGCGAUGACGACAAGAAUCUUGCCAAGAAACAACUGCGCAAGGACGAGGAGGAGCGCAAGCGGGCCGAGGCGGCCAAGCGAAAGGCAGAGGCCAAGGCGCUGCUGGACCAGGAAAUGUCCUCCAUCAACACGCAGCGCAAGCAGCCGCUGGCUAAGAUUAACCGCCAAAUGAUUCUCGAGGAGAUGGAGAAGAAGCAGCGCGUAAUCGAGGCCAUCAACGAGGCCAACAAGCCUGUGGCCGCUCGAGUGGUGGUCCAAAAUCACAUCGAGGAGAAUCUAAACCGAUCCAUGGCCGACACGGAUGUGGCGUCCAACAUUGACGAGGCCCUGGUGGUGCUCAGUGUAAAUGACAGCGAAGAGGACAAACAUCCCGAGAAGCGAAUGCGUGCUGCCUAUAAAACCUUUGAAUCCAACAAUCUGCCCCGCAUUAAGGCUGAGAAUCCCUCACUUCGCAUGUCCCAGUGGAAGCAACUGCUGAUGAAAGAGUGGAACAAGUCCCCGGACAAUCCCUUUAACCAGGCACGCUAAUUGAUCCAAGGACGAAUUUCAUCGACACCGCGGCGAGUGUGCGUACUCUAGUGACUGUUUGCUGCUUAGCAGCAAAGAAAUAUUCAAAUCGUUCUGUAGCACCUUUGAACUAUACGCAGAAUGUAGUAUAUAAAAAAAUGUGGACGGAAUAAAUUUAUUUAUUUAUUUAA